CUUUGACAGUUUCCGUUUCUCUUGUGGGGUUCGGUCGGCGAGUGCAUGGCACUGUGUCGAAAAUAGAUAUUAAUUACGAUAAAUAGAACACAUACGUGUCUUCAAAACGCUUGAAAAUGAAAGUUGCGUGUAAUAAAGCCAACCCACCAUUAGGUGGUUUGCUCGCUACAGAGUUCUAUAAGUCUGCAGGAAAGGAUGUAAAAGUCAUUUGGGGUGGUGAAUCUUCCGUUACCUUGCCAAAUGUAUCGAAACCAGUGCCAUAUGCGACCAGCAAUGACUUGAUACGGAUUCUGGAGAAUGCCUUCAACAAGGGGGCUGGCCCGCUGCAGAAGGUCACCAUGAACCACUGGCUAUCUUUAAGCCUUGUCUUCGAGGAUGAGAUUCCCAAGUCCUUGGAGUAUUUGGACAAGACCCUCGGUCCUAUCACAUACUUGGUUGGAGAGUCAUUAUCAGUAUCAGAUUUGGCAGUCUUCAGUGUGUUGUAUGUAUCAGCUAAAUACAAGGAAGCAAGUAAGAAAACCACAUACCUAAACAUCGCCCGUUGGAUGAAGCUGAUUGAGGCUCAACCAUCAGUCACCAAAGCUCUGAAAGAGCUGCCAGCUGAUAUCCUGGACAAUCUUAACAAAACUUCAUCAAGGAAAUCUCCAGAGGCUGGUACCGGCCGUCAACAAGAGGGAAAAUUCAUUGAGCUGCCUCAUGCUGAGAUGGGCAAGGUAGUUGUGCGGUUCCCACCAGAAGCUUCAGGAUACCUCCACAUUGGCCACGCUAAAGCUGCUCUCCUCAACCAGUACUACCAGCAGGCGUUCCAAGGAAAGCUGAUCAUGAGGUUCGACGACACCAAUCCGGCUAAGGAGAAUGCGGAGUUCGAGAAGGUUAUCCUCGAAGAUGUGGAGAUGCUGGAGAUCAAGCCAGACCUGUUCACGCACACGUCGCAGUACUUCGACCUGAUGCUGGACUACUGCGUGAAGCUUAUCAAAGAAGGCAAAGCGUUUGUUGACGACACGCCCGCCGAACAGAUGAAGAACGAGCGGGAACAGAAGAUUGAGAGCAAGAACAGGAAUAAUUCCGUAGAGAAGAAUCUCCAGCUAUGGGAGGAGAUGAAGAAAGCCAGUGACAUUGGUGUCCAGUGCUGCGUGCGCGCUAAGAUCGACAUGCAGUCGCCCAACGGCUGCCUGCGCGACCCCACCAUCUACCGCUGCAAGCCCGAGACACACCCACGGACCGGCAAUCAGUAUAAAGUAUACCCUACGUACGACUUCGCGUGUCCUAUCGUGGACUCCAUCGAGGGCGUGACGCAUGUACUGAGGACUAUGGAGUACCACGACAGGGACCCGCAGUUCUACUGGUUUAUCGACGCGUUGGGCAUCAGGAAACCUUACAUCUGGGAAUACAGUCGAUUGAGCAUGACAAAUACAGUAUUGUCGAAGAGAAAACUUACAUGGUUCGUGGAGCAAGGACUUGUUGAUGGAUGGGACGACCCGCGCAUGCCGACAGUGCGCGGCGUGCUGCGGCGCGGCAUGUCCGUGGAGGGGCUGCGCCAGUUCAUACAGGCGCAGGGCUCCAGCCGCUCCGUCGUCUUCAUGGAGUGGGACAAGAUCUGGGCCAUCAACAAGAAGGUAAUUGACCCAAUAGCGCCUCGCUACACGGCAUUAGAGACCAAGCCAGUUCCCGUCAACCUAAAGGGUGUGUCAGAAAGCACUUUGACGGUUGCCUUGCACCCCAAGAACCCAGACGUGGGCAACAAGACCGUGUGGGUCAGCAACCGGUUGCUCAUAGACCAGGUUGAUGCGCAAGCUCUGAAGGAGGGAGAGAAUGCCACGUUUAUUAACUAUGGCAACAUUAUGAUUGAUAAAAUUCAUGUUGCUGCCGAUGGCACAGUCACCAGCAUAGACGCGACCCCGAACCUCGAGAAUAAGGAUUACAAGAAGACCACGAAACUUACCUGGCUGGCCGACACACCCAAGUCUCCCACCGUGGAGGUCUACUGCGUGUACUUCGACCACAUCAUAUCGAAGCCCCUGCUUAAUAAGGACGAGGACUUCAAGAAUUAUAUCGGACAUGAGACUAGGUGGGAAGUCCCAAUGCUGGGCGAGCCGGAGCUAGCGUCGCUGAAGGUGGGCGACGUCAUCCAGCUGCAGCGGCGCGGCUUCUUCCGCGUGGACGUGGCGCCCUCCGCCGCGUCCCCGCACUCCGCCCGCCGCGCGCCGCUCGUCCUGUUCCACGUGCCCGACGGACACACCAAGCAGAUGCCCGGACAGUCAAAGCCUGCCCCGGUGAAGGCGGCUCAGCAGGUGGCCAGCCCCGCGGCACCGCAGACGUCCUCUGUUACCGACCUCAACGCUCAGAUAACACAGCAAGGCGACCUGGUCCGCUCCCUGAAAGCAGAAAAGGCUGACAAAUCGAAGAUCGACCAGGCUGUGAAGGUAUUACUGGAGCUUAAGAAGCAGUACAAGGACGCUACUGGACAAGUUUGGCAGCCUGGCGCAGCAGCAGCCCCUGCCCCAGCAGCCGCCGCCCCAGCAGCCGCUGCCAGCCUCUCUGGCGACGCGUCCUCCAUCAACCAGGAGAUCACUAAGCAAGGCGACCUGGUCCGCACUUUGAAAUCAGCUAAAGCCGAAAAAGCUAAAGUGUACGAAGCCGUCAAGGUCUUGUUGGAACUUAAGGCGAAAUAUAAAGCGGCUACAGGACAGGAAUGGAAGCCGGGCGCAGCGCCCGCAGCAAGCAAACCAGCACCAGCACCAGCUCCCGCAACUGCUGACGCAACAGCGCUAAGCCAAGAGAUCACCAAGCAAGGCGACUUGGUGCGCUCCCUUAAAGCCGCUAAGGCCGAGAAAGCUAAAGUCGACGAAGCCGUCAAGGCCUUGUUAGACCUCAAGGCCAAAUAUAAGGCAGCUACAGGACAGGAGUGGAAGCCGGGUGUAGCGCCCGCGGCCAGUCAGCCCUCAAAACCAGCUCCAGCACCUGCUGCUGGUGACGCAGCGUCUUUGAACAAAGAGAUCACCAAACAAGGCGACUUGGUUCGCUCGCUGAAGUCCGCUAAGGCCGAGAAAGCUAAAGUCGACGAAGCCGUCAAGGUCUUGUUAGACCUCAAGGCCAAAUAUAAGGCAGCUACAGGACAGGACUGGAAGCCAGGUGCAGUCUCUGCCAGUCCAGCUCCUUCCCAGUCGCAGCAACAGUCGCAGACGGACGACAACAAGCAGAUCGCGCUCCUGCUCACUCAGAUCGCGGCGCAAGGGGACAAGGUGCGCCGGCUCAAGGUGGAGAAGGCGGAAAAGUCUGUUGUUGAUGUUGAAGUGAAAAAUCUCCUGAAUCUCAAGGCUCAAUACAAGGCUAUCACUGGUACCGACUGGACACCAAACGCCGCUCCUGUUAAAGUCGAAGCACAGGAUACCAAACCAGCAGCAAUGGAGGGAGGUGGUGACAAAGCGGCCGCCCUCGGUGCUCAGAUCACCAAGCAAGGGGAUCUUGUGCGUGAACUGAAAGGAAAGAAGGCUGAAAAGGCGGUAAUCGACGCAGAGGUAAAGAAGCUUCUAGAACUGAAGGCAGCGUACCAGGCGGAGACCGGCACUGCGUUCGCGCCGCCCGUGCAGCCGCGAGACUCUAAAGCUAAGGAGAAGAAGGAGGCCAAGCCUAAGGAGGUCAAACCUAAAGAGAAGAAGGAGGCUAAGAAGGAACCGUCACCAAAACCUGUGGCGGAGUCGUCUUCGGGAGUGAAGAAAGUCACCCGGCUAGGUCUGGAGGCGAGGAAGGACACCGACCUACCUGAGUGGUACUCACAAGUUAUCACCAAAUCGGAGAUGAUAGACUACUACGACAUCUCGGGGUGCUACAUCCUGCGGCCGUGGUCGUACAGCAUCUGGGACUGUAUCCGCACCUUCCUCAGCGCCGAGUUCCGCAAGUUGGGCGUCAAGGACGGAUACUUCCCUAUAUUUGUCUCGAAGGCGGCGCUGGAGCGCGAGAAGACCCACAUCGCGGACUUCGCCCCCGAGGUGGCGUGGGUCACGCACUCGGGCUCCUCCGAGCUGGCCGAGCACAUCGCCAUCCGCCCCACCUCCGAGACCGUCAUGUACCCCGCCUACGCCAAGUGGAUACAGAGCCAUCGCGACCUGCCCUACAAGCUCAACCAGUGGAAUAAUGUUGUUAGAUGGGAGUUCAAGCAGCCGCAGCCGUUCCUGCGCACGCGCGAGUUCCUCUGGCAGGAGGGACACACCGCCUUCCGCCUGCAGGAGGAGGCCGCCGAAGAAGUACUGCAAGUACUUGAUCUGUACGCCCGCGUGUACGAGGACAUGCUGGCCAUCCCUGUGAUCAAGGGCCGCAAGACCGAGAAGGAAAAGUUCGCGGGAGGGGACUACACCACCACUGUGGAGGCAUACAUACCCGCCAGCGGUAGGGCUAUACAGGGAGCGACGAGCCACCACUUAGGUCAGAACUUCUCCAAGAUGUUCGAAAUAGUGUACGACGACCCCGACACACAGGAGAAGGUGUACGUUUACCAGAACUCGUGGGGCAUCACCACCAGGACCAUCGGUGUGAUGGUCCUAGUCCACGGCGACGACAAGGGUCUAGUGCUUCCACCCCGCGUGGCCGAGGUUCAGGCUAUAGUGGUACCCUGCGGCAUCACCGCCAGCAGCUCGCCCGAGGAGAGGAAGAACCUGAUAGACUCCUGCAAGGCACUGGUCGACGACCUAGUGAAGGCUGGCCUGAGGGCCGAGGGAGACUACAGGGAUAACUACUCUCCCGGGUGGAAGUUCAACCAUUGGGAGCUUAAGGGUGUACCAGUCCGCGUGGAGCUUGGUCCUAAGGACAUGGCUCAGGGUCAGGUCCUGGCUGUACGGCGCCUCACUGGUGAGAAGAUCACGCUGCCGCGCGCCGAAGCCGGCCAACGGCUGGUCGAGCUGCUUGAGCAGACACAUAAGGAAAUGCUUGACAAAGCAACAAAGGAGCGUGACUCAAGACUGUCGCUCGUCACUAAAUGGGAUGACUUUACCGACGCUUUGGAACGCAAGCAUAUACUUCUGGCUCCGUUCUGUGGUGACAUCCCUUGCGAAGAUAACAUCAAGAAUGACAGUGCUAGGACUGAUGAUGACAACACAACUGAUGUGAAGGCCCCUGCUAUGGGUGCCAAGUCCCUCUGCAUACCAUUCCAGCAGCCCCGCGAGCUAACUGCCAGUGACAAGUGCAUUCACCCCGCUUGCAACAACAAACCCAAGUUCAUCACCCUCUUUGGAAGAAGUUACUAAUAAGAAUAAAAACAACUUUUUCUUAAUAAAAUAAUUUAUUAUUA